CGUGUGAAGAAGGACAAAAAACUUGUGCGGAUCGAAGUACAGUUGCUGACCAGUGGGGAAGCAAACCGACAUCUCAGAAUGGAGAUCAAGAUCAUGGAGCUGCAAAUAGUUGGGUUAAAACUCCAAGCUCCAGUGCCGAGCAGAGGUCAUGGAAUAAAAUGGAAAGUGGGGAGAAAGGUGCAGAUGCGGACUGCGAAAAUGAUGCCGAUGCGUGGAGGAAGGCUUCUACUAAGGCCGAAACUUCAACUGGUGGCUGGCAAGGUGCUUCUGCUGGCUGGAGCAAAGAAGCUAGUGGAAAGGACAAAUCAGAUGGUUUUGUCGGGAAAUCGGGUAAUUCAGCUUCUCCAAAGAGUGGUGGUGAUAAUCUAGAUUCAUGGGGCAUCAAGGGAAAAGCUUCACUUGAAAAUAAUGACGAUGGCUGGGGUAAAUCUGCCCCCUCUCAAGUCACAAUAACUGUUCCUAACAAUCCAUGGCAAAGCUCUUUCAACAGCUCAGUACACAGUAAAGCAUGGAGAUUUGGAAGGGGUGGAGGUCGCGGCCGAAAUGGAGCUGGUGGUUACGAGAUAAUUGUGGUAGAAGAGAGUUUGGUCGUGGCAGAGGCCGUGGCCAAGGUCGAGGCCGAGGGCAGGAUCAGGGUCAACUUGAAUCGUCCGGCUGGAGAAAUGGACAAGAAAGAUUCAACGGGGGCUUUUCUAAUAAACCCUCGUCUAGUUGGGGCACCACCGAAGUUGGUGGCUGGGGCAAUGGUGGGAACAAAUAUGAUGGUGGUAACAUACCUGCGUGGGGAACUGCUCCUCAGGAUGCUGGUGGAAGUAAAAAUGACAUGAAUGAGGACCAUACUUCUAGUUGGAGCAAGGGUGUAAACUCUAGUAGACAGACAGACAACUGGGGCAAGGAAACGAGAAAUAAUGACAAUUGGA